GCACCUAUUGACGCUCCGCAGUUCACGACGGAUGAAGACAGUAGAGAGUGGACAUGUCAAUAGACACUAAUGUAAAAGAGACAGCCACGGACGUGGCGCGGGGGGUUCUGCUAUUAGAGAAUGCCACUGCAAUCAAAUGUCACGCGUGCAUUAGCUCUUAGCAGUAAACACGUUUUUGUUCCGCCUGUUUUGUGUCUAGUUUUUAACCUUGAAUCAUAAUUUUGGGCCUAUAUUCAGCUCCCGCGGUUAAUUAGAAAAUGCCUCUUGUACAGAAUCAACAAGCCGGAAUAAUUUUGACAGAAACUCCUAUAGGAUCAUUCAAACAGAGGAAACGGAAGUCCAUCAUGGUCACUAUGAUGUUGCUCAUUGUGUCUCUACUCAUCCUUAUCUUUGGACUGGCAGCCACCACCAGGACACAGAACAUCACAGUCGGUGGCUACUACCCUGGAGUCAUUCUGGGCUUUGGCUCCUUUCUGGGAAUCAUCGGAGCCCAUCUGAUAGAAAACAAGAGGCAGAUGCUGGUGGCGUCCAUUGUGUUCAUCAGUUUUGGAGUGGUGGCUGCCUUCUGCUGUGCCAUUGUGGAUGGGGUGUUUGCAGCCAGACACAUAGACCUUAGACCUUACUAUGCCGGCCGCUGUGAUUUCUACGCCAAUUCAAAAUCCUCUGUGGAUUAUGAGGACGUUCACUGCCAGACAGCAUCCCGUGCAACCUGUAACCUACGUGUGAAAUCUAAUACCUGCUACUGCUGUGACCUCUACAACUGUGGCAAAGAACAUCCUCUUUUGGGACAUGCGAAUAAAGAUGUUUUGAAAAAGUUUAGGAAAACGUCCAUGAUUUGGAACCGUGUGGAGCUGAUGGGGGGCUACCACGAGUACACGGAGGUGGGGAGCUGCGAGGAUGUGGUACACCUUUAUCACCUGCUGUGGUCCGUCACCAUCCUCAACAUCAUCGCUCUUUUCCUGGGCAUCAUCACCGCCGCCGUGCUGGGAGGCUUCAAGGACAUGACGCCCAUGCUGACCCCUGACUCGUGUGAGUCAGAGCCCCUCCCAGCAGCCCCUGUCUCCACAGAGCUUCCAGCUCCCAGCACCUCCUCCUUCAACUGCUACUACAGCAAUGCCCCCUACCUGCCACCCUAUACUGCCUACGACCUGCAGGGCUCCAGUAUGAUGUUCCCAGACUCUUCUGGCCUGUCUGAUGAGUCCCAGUCGGGGGCCAGCCACAUGUGGUCCUCCCUGGUCCCCCCGUGCUACUCUCCACCUUACUGCCCACCCGACGAGAAGCCCCCGCCAUACAGCCCCUAGGAGAGAGGCUGGAACUGGGAAAGAACAGGGGAGGACAUCCGGUAUCGUCUCCUCUUUUGCCAGCUACAUUGGCAACAAAGGGCAAUGGGUAUUGAUGGGUGUUAGUGGACCUUGAAUAUUAACCUGUUUGAACGCGAGCUGCUGCUGCAUCUGGUGCUCCAAACUGUUCCUGAGCAGCCAAGCCUGCCUGAGCUGUGUGGAAUAUAAAGAUACAAGGAGUUAGUGGAAGAAAGAAAGAGCAUGAGUCACUGAUGUGACUAGAAGCCAGUGCGGUGAGGUUUAAUUCAUCCCCCAGUAAGUAUAGCCUGUUAGGAUUCAGCCAAACCUGGAUGGAGCGGGGGGUAUAGCAAGACCCUGCUUGGCCUACACCCCCUUUUCUCAGCAGACUCUCUCAGUUGGUGCUAGUUUGCUCCCUAACUCUUCCUCUUGGCCCUAACUCUUCCAUGUCUGCAUUUCUAAGGGGUCUGGAUAACUAUAAGCAGCGUAGUGGGGGAGGCAACAUCCUAUCGUUUACACCUUACAGGUCUGCAAACAUCAAAGGGUUAUUUGAUUUGAUGUCAUUAGGAUCCCCAUUAGCCGACACCAAUGGUGACAUCUAGUCUACCUGGGGUCUGAUACACAACGAAAAAAUACAUUACAGACAAAAAUACUAUAAUUUACAUACAUCUAAAAAAUAUUAACACUAGCUAGGUUUCCAUCCCAUUGAGGACAGAUUUUCAUGCAAAUAUUCUAGAAUCCGCAUAAAGAAAACAUGUCCAUUUUCCCACCAGUGGUGUGUUUCCACCAAAUUAGUGCGUCAGUGCGUGAUGACAAUUUACUUUUUCACAUAAGUUUUUAUGUACAGAAUACAUUUUUUAAGUUCAAUGUGUUUCCAUCGCAUUUUUUACUUUACUUACUACUAACACUGUUGCGUUAAUGUGCCUACUCUGGUCUUGGCAGUGUGCUCUAGCCAACAACUCACAGAUACAGUGCGGGUAGGCUGUGCAGGUAGUCAAAAAUUAUAAGAUUAUUAUGGAUAUGAGCAAGAAUAUUUUUAUUUGUCAAAUGGCAGUCAAGCAUCGAUCAUCAUGACACCAGAGAAGGACCCUCGAUAGUUAUUGGAAAGGAGCAUCAAGAUCACUUUGCACUUUCAGCACCCUGUGAAGUUCAUCAUAACAUAUUUAAUCUGUAGCCUAAUAAACUGCAUGGUUUCCCGAGUUGUAGUGGGAGGAUCACACACCAUAUCAUCGCAUGACUCCAAGUUUACUUUGAUAUAUUUGCGCAUAGAGGUGUUUCCACUGCCAUUUCUCGCCUAAUUAAUUGUACAGACACAAAAAGAUCCCACAAUGUCGAACAAACAAAUGAUCUGUCGGCGUUUAUAAAAUUGUACUGAAACAUCCUGUUUCCUUCACAGCUGUCAUGAUUGUUUUUUGUACGGUAUGACUUUAUCCGCAUAAAAACUGUGGAUGGAAACGUGGUUAGUGACAUUACAGACUUAAAUAUAAACUACAACUAAGGACACAUUUAAUAAAACUUAAGAAUAAUAAUGUGUGGGUGUGUGUAGAGUGUGUGUGUGUGUGUGUGUGUGUGUGUGUGUGUGUGUGUGUGUGUGUGUGUGUGUGUGUGUGUGUGUGUGUGUGUGUGUGUGUGUGUGUGUGUGUGUGUGUGUGUGUGUGUGUGUGUGUGUGUGUGUGUGUGUGUGUGUGCAUCGAUCAGUUACACAUACAUGUCAGUACAUACACACAACAAGUAGGUCACAUGGGGGAGAGGUGUUGCUUUAUUUGUUUUUUGAUAUCAAGUUUGCGGUUCACUUUAGCAAUAUGAGAGGGAAGGCAGUUCCAUGCAAUCGUGGCUCUAUAUAAUACUGCACGUUUCCUUUCAUUUGUUCUGGACCUGGGAACUGUGAAGAGACCCUUGGUGGCAUAUCUGGUGGGGUAAGUAUUUCUGUCAGAGAGUGAUGUACGUUGAUUAUGCAGACAAUUUAGAAUGUUCAACACAUUAAUAUAUCUGACAAAAACAAGAAUUGAUGCAGUCAAUCUCUCCUCUAUUUUGAGCAAAGAGAGACUGACGUGCAUACUGUAGACAAUUGCCCUCAGAGUACAUUGAAGGGCAAGACGUGCUGCAGGGGCCACCUGCAGCUUUUCUAGGUUCUUCUUUGCAGAUUAGAUAAAACUGGGCUUUUGGUUGACUGUGAUGUUAAAUAUUCGGAGCAUCUUUUUUUAUCACAGACAGACCUCUCCCCAUCUUUACAACAAUUGAAUCAAUAUGUCUUGACCAUGACAAUUUAUAAUCUAGGGUGACACCGAGAAGUUUAGUUUCCUCAACUUGUUCAACAGCCACAUCAUUCAUUACCAGAUUCAGCUGAGGUCUAGAACUUACGUAAUGAUUUGCACCAAAUAUGUGUUAUGGCUUUACAUCCUAUGGUAAAGAAUGUAAAGCCAUAACACAUACUUUUAUCCAACAACAGGCUAUGGUCAAUAAUAUUAAAGGUUGUUCUGAAGUCUAACAAUACAGCUCCCACCAUCUUUUUAUUAUCAAUUUCUUUCAGCCAAUCAUCAGUCAUUUGUGUCAGUGCAGUACAUGUUGAGUGCCCUUCUCUGUUGUUAAUUAGAUUACAGAGAAAUAGCAUUGUAUUUGGUCAAACACCAGUUUUUCCUGAAGUUUGCUAAGAGCUGGCAGAAAGCUUAUUAGUCAGCUGUUAGAACCAGUAAAGAAUGAUUUACCGUUCUUGGGUAGCGGAAUGACUUUGGCUUCCCUCCAGACCUGAGGACAAACACUUUUCUCCAGGCUCAGACUAAAGAUAUGACAGAUAGGAGUGGCUAUAGAGUCAGCUACCAUCCUCAGUAGCUUUCCAUCUAAUUUGUCAAUGCCAGGUGAUUUCUCAUUAUUGAUGGAUAACAAUUUUUCAACCAUAAAUAUGAUGGCUCACAGUUUGUUUUGGGCAUGAGUUUGUCAACUCUGCCAAUGAAAUAGUCAUUAAAAUAAUUGUCAAUUUUAAAAGGUUACAGCCAAGGGGAAGGGGUAGGAGCGAAUUGGGAUUGGCUGUAGUGUAUCAAAAACAAGCUGACCUUUCUUAAGAUGCCAGGACUGUCUACAGAUGUGCCUUAUCCAUAUCUGUCAACUCAAGAGAAGCACUCGUUAUCCUGGCCAGAUGAGAAGCUCUCCUCAAACAAUGUGCUCUCCUCCUUGGACAAUGUGGUCUCCUCCUUGGACUAUGUGGUGUCUUCCUUGGACAAUGUGCUCUCCUCCUUGGACAAUGUGCUCUCCUCCAUGGACAAUGUGCUCUCCUUGGACAAUGUACUCUCCUCCUUGGACAAUGUGCUCUCCUUGGACAAUGUGCUCUCCUCCUUGGACAAUGUGCUCUCCUGUAAUGUACUCUACAACAUAUUUAUCACCCCAGUACAAGAAAUAUCAGCUGUAACGGUGCUUGGAUUUAUGUAAAGGUACACAAUUUUCUCUAGUAGUGCAAUUGAAAAUGAAGGUAUUGAAGAAUCGAUACUGAAGAUCACAGUUCACCCUAUUAAUCUAGCUCACAGUAUUGUUGUUAUAGAUAGAUCACAGUUCACCCUAUUAAUCUAGCUCACAGUAUUGUUGUUAUAGAUAGAUCACAGUUCACCCUAUUAAUCUAGCUCACAGUAUUGUUGUUAUAGAUAGGUCACAGUUCACCCUAUUAAUCUAGCUCACAGUAUUGUUGUUAUAGAUAGGUCACAGUUCACCCUAUUAAUCUAGCUCACAGUAUUGUUGUUGUAGAUAGGUCAUAGUUCACCCUAUUAAUCUAGCUCACAGUAUUGUUGUUAUAGAUAGGUCACAGUUCACCCUAUUAAUCUAGCUCACAGUAUUGUUGUUGUAGAUAGGUCACAGUUCACCCUAUUAAUCUAGCUCACAGUAUUGUUGUUAUAGAUAGGUCACAGUUCACCCUAUUAGGGGGAAUCUGAAACAUAAAUUAUCACUCCGAAUGUUAUGUAAUGUAUUUUAUAAAUUGCAAAGGGACUGGCUAAACACGAACCUAUUCUGUUUCUUUCUAGGUGUGAUAUAACAGGCUUUUACACUUGAAUAUAGCAAAAAACAGUGUUGUGUGUUGUAUCUUAAUCACAAUAUGCAUAGACCUCAAAGUAAAGAGCAGCGUCUUAAGAUCAUCGAUUAAAGUAAUCAGCAUUG